GGAGAGACCGGCGGGAGAGGGACGCCCGGGAGCCGCGCGGCUCAGGUACCCGCUGACGCGCCGUCAGAAAGUUGCGCUCGGACCUUCUCCAGCCUCCUACUUUCUUCCCGGCCCGGCUGUUGAGUUGGAGCUGGGCGGGAAGGAGCCAGGCCGAGACCUGCGAGCGGCCGCCGGCCAGGGCGCGGAGCGGACUGUUGGGACCCGGCGAGGAGCCCGCUGCCCCUUCCUCGAGGUAGCCAGCGCGGGUGGCGGUCCCCAGGACCGCGGCACAAACUUUCUGGAUUGUUCCCGGACAGUCCUAGAGAGUCCGGCACCGCGCGGCGAGGAGGAGCCGCGGCCGCUGACAGAUUUUGGAAGUCUUCUUCUGGGAGUUGCCAGCAGUGCCAAGUGUUGGAGCAGUCUUCUCUGCCCCUCUGAUAGACUGAAGUGAGCAGAUACAACCCAGCAGAAGGCUGUGGAAGAGAGCAGUCAUAGGUUUUGGAAGGUGACAAUGAAAUGUGAAGAAGUUACAUUUCUACUGUGAUACUUGAAAAUUAGUGACCGCUUACCAAAUUUUCAUGAAAAUUAAAUAUGACUUAGAAGCACUUGGCUUAUGAAGGCUUAUGAUGUCAUCGGUUGCGACAGAAGGCAAACUCCAGCAGGCUGUGAGCCUGCAGGGAGUUGACCCAGAAACAUGCAUGAUUGUAUUUAAAAACCACUGGAUGCAGGUUGUGAAAAUCUUAGAGAAACACGACCCAUUGAAGAACACCCAGGCAAAAUAUGGGUCCAUCCCUCCAGAUGAGGCCAGUGCUGUGCAGAAUUAUGUUGAACACAUGCUCUUCUUGCUGAUUGAAGAGCAAGCCAAGGAUGCUGCCAUGGGGCCAAUCCUGGAACUUGUGGUCUCUGAGAACAUCAUGGAAAAACUCUUCCUCUGGAGCUUGAGGCGGGAGUUUACGGAUGAGAUGAAGAUGGAGCAGCUGAAGAUGUACGAGAUGUUGGUCACCCAGGCGCACCAGCCUCUGCUGUGCCACAAGCCCAUUCUGAGGCCCCUGAUGAUGCUGCUGAGCUCUUGUUCCGGAACAGCCACCCCCACUGUGGAGGGGAAGCUGGUCGUCCUGCUGAACCAGCUCUGUUCCAUUCUUGCCAAAGAUCCAUCCAUUCUGGAGCUCUUCUUCCACACUAGUGAGGACCAGGGGGCAGCCAACUUCCUCAUCUUCUCCCUUCUAAUCCCCUUUAUUCACCGGGAGGGGGCAGUGGGCCAGCAGGCCCGGGAUGCUUUGCUCUUCAUCAUGUCUCUCUCUGCCGAGAACAGCAUGGUGGCCCAUCACAUCGUGGACAACACCUACUUUUGUCCGGUGCUUGCAACUGGGCUCAGUGGUCUCUACUCUUCCCUGCCUACGAAGCUAGAAGAGAAAGGCGAGGAAUGGCACUGCCUCCUGAAAGACGACUGGCUCCUGCUGCCUCCCCUCGUCCAGUUCAUGAACUCCCUCGAGUUCUGCAAUGCCGUCAUUCAGGUGGCUCACCCCUUGAUUCGUAAUCAGCUUGUCAGUUACAUUUACAAUGGAUUCUUGGUCCCAGUCUUGGCUCCUGCUCUCCAUAAGGUGACUGUGGAGGAGGUCAUGACCACAACUGCCUAUCUGGACCUUUUCCUGCGGAGCAUCUCCGAGCCAGCUCUACUUGAGAUCUUCCUCCGUUUUAUCCUGUUGCACCAGCACGAGAACGUCCACAUCCUAGAUACUCUCACGAGCAGAAUCAACACCCCAUUUCGGCUUUGUGUGGUGUCCCUGGCAUUAUUUAGAACUCUCAUCGGUUUACAUUGUGAAGAUGUGAUGUUACAGCUAGUUCUAAGGUAUCUGAUCCCUUGCAAUCACAUGAUGCUGAGUCAACGGUGGGCCGUGAAGGAGAGAGACUGUUACUCCGUUUCUGCGGCCAAGCUGCUUGCCUUGACCCCCGUCUGCUGCUCCAGCGGGAUCACCCUGACACUGGGGAACCAGGAGAGGGAUUAUAUUCUCUGGUCAAAGUGCACGCAUGAUAAUCCAGGGCCCACGGAGCAGCCGCUGCCCGAGGCCUUCCCGCCAUCGGCCUGCAUCGUGGAGUACGGCAAAGCCCUGGACAUCAGCUACCUGCAGUACCUGUGGGAGGCCCACACCAACAUCCUCCGCUGCAUGCGGGACUGCCACGUGUGGUCCGCCCUGUACGACGGGGACUCCCCCGACCCCGAGGCGCUUUACCCAAGUGUGCCGGCUCCGUCUGAGGAGAGGGCUCCGAGCUCCGCCCACCCCGUGCUCGGGCUCCCGCAGCCACUCCCCCAGAAGAUGGGGCCCCCGCGGGCUCCCAGAAAGGAGAAGAGCCACACGGAGCUGGAGUGGGACGACAGCUACGACACCGGGAUCUCCUCGGGGGCGGACGCGGGCUCCCCGGGGCCCUACGAGGAUGCGGAGAGCUCGGGCCCCCCCGCCCCGGUCGACCCCCCCAAACAUAUCCAGGAGAUGAAGAAGAACGCCAUCCUGCUCUUCAAAGGCGCCUACAUCGAGGAGUCCGACUUUCAGGAUGACGUGAUGGUGUACAGGCUGUGUGCCGAGAAGGACGCGGAGGACACCAGGAACUCACGGGAGGACCCUGAGGGACCCCCAACCCCAGCCCAGACUGCAGUCCAGAGCCCGCCUGUGAACAAUGGCCCCCUGCCCCGUCCUCAGCCAGUGUCAGAGUCAGAGUCAGAGUCAGAGUCAGAGUCAGAGGAGGAACAGAAUAGGGAUGAUUCGGACGAGUUUCACAAUGUGUCCAGGGAACCGGAACCAGAGAAAGAGCCUGAAGUUGCCCUAGAACCGAACUCCGAGGUAGCAGCCCCCACCUCCAGGGCUGAGCAGGGUGCACACCCGACGGUGACUAACCCCGAGGGUGAAGACUUCAUUGCCCAGUAUGACCAGAUCAUUAAGGAACUGGAUUCUGGCACCGAGGGCUUUUUGGAGCAGAGUUUCUCCACACCUGAUCCCUUGCCUCUCCCAAAAGAGCCUGAUGGGGAGGGAGAGGAGAACAAAGGAGGAGAGGAGGAGGGAGAGGAGGAAGGGAGGAAGGAGCCGGAGGAGGAGGAGGAUGACUUUGAUGCUUUCAUAUCUGAGACUCCUGCCGCAGAGACCCAGCCGUCCCCAUUUGGGGCCAGAGAUGAAGCUGCCUUUGCCAGUCAGCGUCCUGCGAGGACUCAGAGCACGCCGUUUACAGGCCCGUUCAUCAGUGUGGUCCUGUCCAAGCUGGAGAACAUGCUGGAGAACUCCUUGCACGUGAACUUGCUGCUAAUCGGCAUCAUCACUCAGCUGGCCAGCUACCCGCAGCCCCUCCUGCGCUCCUUUCUGCUCAACACCAACAUGGUCUUCCAGCCCAGCGUCCGCUCCCUCUACCAGGUCCUCGCAUCUGUGAAAAACAAGAUCGAGCAGUUUGCUUCCGUGGAGAGAGACUUCCCAGGCCUCCUCAUCCAAGCCCAGCAGUACCUGCUCUUCCGCGUGGACGUGUCCGACCCGAGCCCCGAGGCACUGACCAAAGAUCCCAUUCAGGACGCCUCCAGGACAGGAAGUGGCAAGAACUUUCUGGAUGGCCCCCCGAGAGUGCUUCAGCCCUUCCUGACACACAGAGCCAGGGUGGCCGGGGCGCCCCCGAGCCUGCCGCCGCCGGUGAGGAACGCCAUGCUGGCCGCCGCCCUCUUCCCCGAGUUCCUGAAGGAGCUGGCGGCCUUGGCCCAGGAGCACUCCAUCUUGUGCUGCAGGGUCCUGGGCGACCUGGAGGACUCCUGCUGUUAGCUAUUUUUUUUUUUUUAAGACAUUCUUGUUUUUUAAGGUUUUAGUAUCUCGACUGAAUGUUAAAUGCAAAGCUGCUUACAAAACUUUCUACUUGGAGACUUCCUGACGAUACUUGAUUGGUGGGGAGGGGGUUUCCUGGGCACCUCCUCUCUCACCAGCCGGGUCUUCCCACCUCCUGUCCCUAGAAUGUACGUCUCAGAAGCAGGGUGCUCCUUUGGCAGGUCUUGGCUGUUGUCCCUCCUCAGAGGUUUUGGUCCUUCUCCCAUCCCUUUGAGUCACUCAGUUUGCAGCUGAGGCCACACCAGGCGCAUCCUGGGGCUCGGUGAUGUCUGGAAGUGCCUGUGAAGAAGGCACGCCUGCUCCGGUGGCCUGCUGCCUUCUGGCUUCCGUUUUAUAAAAGGGAAGAAUGAAGAUGGAGCGCCUCCUGCCUCCAUCACAGGCACAGAUCGUACGUCCCUUUGCAUUUUACUUCCAAGACUUGUAUUCCACCCACCGUGUGUUGCCUUAUGGUGCGGGCUCGUCCACCGGUCCAAGCGCUCUGCCUGGGAAGUCAGAUGCAGCUGGAGAGAAUUUGGAACGCAGGGAAAUGUUCUUGUUGCUUGAGAGCUUUCUGUACUCAGAACAUCACUACCUAAACACUGAAAAUAGCCUUAUUUUAGUCAGAUUUGCAGAAAAUGAAAUAUAUCUAUGCAAACUGUUACUUUGGUUUUAAGGACUUCGAUCGAUCUGAUGAAGAAAGCAUGGUGUCAUAUGCUUACAUGAGAAGACAACCAUCAUUAUUUUUUAAAGUGUUUUAUGGAAAACAGACUGAAUUAUUUGUUAACCUAUUUCAUAGUGGGGUUUUCUGGGGCGUUUGGAGUGGGGAAAGGGAUAGAGGUAAACUAAAUACAAUCUGUACAAACAUCAGUAAUUAUUUUAAAUUCUCUUUGCUUUUUCUAAUAUGUUGCACUUUGUAGAGAAACAGAAACUGUGCAGCCACUCUGGGGACAGGGAUGUCAAGGAAACAGGUCGCAGGGAGCGCUGCCAAGCCGAGUGCCUGCUGGGGAUGCGCUCUGCGCGGGAACGCUGCCUCCUGAGUAACGGGGCUCAUUAGGAGGCCCCACCGUGAUGUAUUAGCGCCUCUGCCGCCCUGCAGCCUGCUCCAAGGGCAUAAUUAUACUGAGGGCCACAGUCUCCUUAAGCCACCGAGAGGGGGAAACACAAAAUAAUUGUGGGCUAAAAAAUGAGACCAUAACCAACUGAUACGUAUGGAUUUCGGAUGCCACUCGUCUCUCUCGUGGGCAGGUGAGAAGCACAGAACUGGGAUGAGCCUGCCUGUUGAGGGGACCUGGAAGCCCCCGCUGUCUGCUGUCUGUGGGCAGCGUUGCUGAGCCCCGGGGGCAGCCGCAGGUCUGCUGGUUGGGCCUCGGGAGCACAGGUUUGGUUUUCAUCAGGACCUAGUGCAGGAGGGGCGUGGAAGAAAGAACCGCAGCCGAGACGCUGCAGAGCAGAGGCUGCCUUUUGUGCGUCAGGGAUCUGGAGGCAGCUUUGUAAGGAGAGCGAGCGAGCCAGCGCCUGGAUUGGAGCCCCGGGGGACCUGGCCGGGGCUCGGGAGGCAGCCUCGCAGUGCUUCUGAGUCUCAGCAAGAAGCCAAACGUUCCAGUGCGUUGUACCUUUCUGACUUCAAAUUUGUCUGCCUUCAAAAUUGGUUUGCCAGGCCAUGGUGCAGCAGCCAGGACGCAUGGGGCCGGGGGACCAGCCUGCCCUCAGCUUCCCCGGCGCCCGCCUGUAUUUGCACAGGUCUCUGUCGGAAAUGAGGUUGGUUUAAGGAAGCGAUCGGAAGAGGGGAGCAGAAAGAUGGAGCUUCAGCUGCAAUUGAUUAUCCUCCAACUUUGUUUCACACAAGUACUUAUCUCCCCGUUUGGACUUCCCAGGUAUAUAAGAUGCUGAAGUCACAUCUGGAAGCUGUGUUCUUUAGCUUUCUGGUCUGAUUCACACUUCCCUCCACUAUUUGGUGACAGUGUUGAUUCUUCUUCUUGAGUCCAUGUUGCUUUACUUAGAACAGUGAAGUCCCCUUUGUGGAAGGUGCCCUUAGGGGAAAAGUAUGUUUUCAAAGUAGGUACUGAAGUAGACUUGCUGUACAGGAUAGAGUUGUCUGGGGCAAGAGGCAGGAAAAUGAACUCCUGAGGUGGGGUGCAGGCAGCAGACUCAAUGCUAACCCUCUGGAACUGGACACUGGUUCAGGUUUCUGAAUCCAUUGCCACCCUCCGCCAGAGUACUGUGUCCAGGGCUUUUCAGAAUGACGUCAGAAAACUGACCCAGAAAUAACACAAUAGGGAACCAGUGAACGCACGCAAUUGAGGGAAACAGCCGGGCAGGUUAGGUGGGGACGGUUUGGGGGUGGUGUGGUCCUGCCAGAGGAGAAACAGCAGAAACCUGAAGCUGAAAGGAGAGCAGCAAGUCCCGGGGGGGCUGGAGGGAUGGACGUGGAUCCAGGCAGAUGAGAAAACCCUGUACAGCAGGUGGGUGGUGACGGGAAUUCCGUGGUGGGAAAAAUCAUGGUAAUGAAAUAGAAUAUUCUAGUCACAAAUGGGUGAUGCCCUUGGAAAAAUCUUUUGUAAUGAGUUGGGGGGAAAUAUUGAAUGAUACUUGGCAUGCUUUACAAUGUCCAAGGGUGUGGCCGCUUUUCCACGCGACAGACUCACGUGUCAGACGCUGCGCUACUGGUUGGAGUGGACACAGUGCUCAGGUGCAGCCCCUGAGGCUGGCAUCACUGUCUCAAGCCUGAUGGUCCUGGGCAGUGAGGGUGAGUCAAGGGUUCCUGGAACAUCCAUCUUUAACCUUGGUUCCUAAUUCAGGGUCUGAGGUCAGGUUCUAGGAGUGAAUUUUGUGGUUCAGGGUAUAUGAGAGCACUGGGAUACUUGAAAUUGAUUUUUGGAAAUGACCAAGUAAAUGUUUUUAAAAUUUUAAAGAGAUUCCAGGUUGAGUUUAGUCUAAAAUACAAUUUCAUGGAGUAAAUUAGUUUCCCAGACAUGAAAUGGGAGUGCUGGAGUAACCAAUCAGAGCUGUGACUGUAUUAACAGAUACUGCCUAACCCUGGUAUUUAGAGGAAUUAUGAAGUGGUCCCCAUUUUACUUAGUCUUAUUUUGGAAAAUACUUUGACGUGCUGGGGGUUUGGAAUCGAUGUCUCCGUCAUGUUUAGGGACGAGGUAUUCAGUUCUUCUGCGGGUCUUGAGGGGUCCUUUUUCCUCAACAAGUGGUUUCUGUUUAGGUCUGAUGUAGUUACUGAUUUUUCAGUCCAUUAAGACAUCCUGGGGCCAGGGUGUUGUCAGAGAGCACCCUCUCCGGAGCAGAGUCUAGAGCCGGGCGUGUGCAUGUUUGGGCUGCCUGUUCAUUUGGGGCAGCUUGUGGUAUGAGGGCUUGAAAGUCGUUUUUGCUGUCUCGGAAUCAGCUUGGUUGCAGCAGUCAAUGCUGGUGGAUUUUCAGAUGGGUUUAGAGGUUUAGGGUUGCAGAUGGGCUGCCUGCUCUGAGUGUGGGUAUCAGGGUGUCUAGACUGCCUUCCUGUGGGAAGUGCUGCCCCGGCGUGGGGGGGUGGGGACAUGUUGCUGGUGUGAUGCUGAAUGUCCACAGCGCCCACAGCUCCCGUGGAGGGGUGGGCGGUUCAGCAUAAUUGCUCAUCACCAGCCUGCGUUUACUGAGAUGGCUGUCAGCCCUGCCGUUCUCAUGCAGCGUCACCGCAGGACAGUUAGUACCGCGCGUGCCGCUGGGAGUCGCCGGCCGGGCCGGUGCAGUCUGUGGCUCCCGUGCGUCUCGGGCAGCUCUGCAGCGUAAGCUCCUCCUGGACACGGCAGCCUCUGCGGCUGAGGCCACAUCCGCUGUCAGUCAUUAGGAAGAUGUUCUCACUUCAACCAUGUAAACCACACAGCGCUGAUUCUCCAUCAAAGCGCAGCUUAAAACAGGCCACAGGCAGACUAAUUUAUACUCCAUUCUUAAAUCAUGUCACGGAGGAAACAUUUUAAGAGAAUGGAGUUGACUUUCUUCCCCCUCUUUGAAUGACCAUCAUAAACCUAAGGCUUUGGACAGAGCUCUUGGAAGACUAAGCCGUUUUCGGGAUAAUUUUGCCGUAGCAAAUCCCCCCGUGUUCAGGUGUUCAUUUGGCCAGUGCUUGCUUUGGGGGACAGAUUAUCCUGGCAGCUCAUUAACUGGACAAACAGGGCUUGAGUGGAAGAUUUCUGGUGAUGUUCUGUAGGGACCAGAAGGACAGGAACGAAGUUCUUAGGCUUCUGCAUGAGGCACCCCAGGGCAGGGCCUGAUUUGAGCUGGGAGGCCCCUCCCUGCCCAGCUGUCGUUGUAGAUUUUGCUCCUGUCUCACAGCUCGUGAGUAAAUCUGACUCACUGUCACCCACACAAGCACUGGGGACAAGUCUAGAAAAGGCCCACCUGUAACAAGGCUCCAUUCUGCCCCACAGCUGUUUUACAAGAGAGAAUUUGGUGUUGACAAUAUUACUUAGAUGAUCUUUGCUAAGCUGUCUGACUAUGGGAGACAGCGAGGGUGGACCACCAACCAGACUUUUGCCAUCUCACCAUCGAGUGUCCACUCUGUUCACAGAUAACCCACUAGUGCAUUUGUCUAAAAUCCACUGAAGAGGCAUGGCCACCAUUUCCAUGCUGCUUUUGGUAGUGGGUGAAUAACAGGGCCUUUCAGAUAGACUUAGUGGCUUCUUCCAAAUACUCACUAUGUGGAAUCCUUGAACAGAUGCAGCUACGUUGAGUAGAUGUGAAAAGGACAGCAGUUUGUGGCUCAUGGCCAUACGCUAUGUACUGAAUUAACCAACCAACUCUAGGAGGGUGUUUACUUUAAAAAAAAAAUUCAUAGCCUUCUUCCAGAUUAGUGAUAAUUACAAAAACAGGGGGCGUGGGAGGAGCCCAGCAAAAACACCCUUGAUGUAAAUGAUGGUGAGUUUUUUCCCUAAAAGAUGGGAACAGACGUUCACCUUGAUGUACGAGCGUGGACCGAAUCAAGAAGCUCCGUCCUAAACCCAGACAUCUGGAAUUUAAAAGCCUCGUGGUUGGCGGCACCCACUUCUCAUACUCGUAUAAGGGGCUCCUCGUCCGUUGAUUUUGUUUUGUAAACUUUUACAAAAACUUACUCUAUGCUGGAAGCAUGCUGGGUGUUAAGGCUGCCACUCCAACCCUCCCAGCAGAACCAUCCAACCCCUCAGCCGACCUGCUCAAGCAACACCACACACGGUCUGAGCCUGACCACGCGGAGCUGGUCCGGGCUCCCCCGGGGAGCACCAGUUUCCAGCACGUCCCCUCCCAGCCUGCAGGUGCGUGGAUUCCAGUGACAGAUGACAGUGGCUUCACCUGUGGUGCCAACUCAUCCAUUUUAAUGAGAUUUCCCCAGAAAAGCAGAGAACCAGACUAAAUUCACACUCAUGCAACAAUGUAUUGUAAUUUGUAUUUCACUGAGGCCCGUUUACAAGCAGAGUGACCCUCUGUGACUUUCUUAGGGUGUUGUAUGAACAUAUAGUUUGACUGUCUGGUCAGGUUCCAAGUCAGAUAUCUGAGCUGUGCUUUGAUCCCCUCCGGCUGCCCCCACCUUUCUUUCUAUUAGCAGUUACAACAUAAUCUGAUUUCUAGGAUUUCAGAAGCAGGCAGUCAGGACGGCAGGUAGUUGUCAACAAGAGCUGGCUGACGGCAUUAUGAAGAUCAAGGACUUAAAGCUUUUCUUUAUUAACUGAGGUGACAUUGGUUUAUAACAUAAAUUUCACAUAUGCAACACUGUAUUUUGACUUCGGGAUACACUACAGUGUGCUCACCACCAAAGGCUGAGUUUCCAUCUGCUGCCAUACGGCUGACCCCUUUACCCGUUUUGUCCCCAGCGGUGGCACUUUUCUUGGGGAGUGAUCCGUCCCUAACACAGUUUACACUGGACAGAAUAUUGAAUAUUGUGGCAAAUGGUCAUCCAGCUGCCCACCCCCCCAGCCCCCAUUUACGUAGGCCUUGAUUUAAAGUCUGGAAAGAUCGUCCAGGGCCUUCUGUAAGGUCUGAUGACCAAGAAGGCAGACUUUGGUGAAAACAGAGUUUGUGAAACAAAACUGAACCUCAUCAUUUCUUACAAAACCAUUCUCCCGCCAGAUCCCAGUCUCAGACCGCCUUCACCCGUUUGUAAUUGAGAGUCACGGCGCAAGGAGAUGGAACUCACUCUGCCUUCUCUCUCAAAAAGAGGUUUGCGGAAAAUAUUUUCCUUUUAGGCCCAGUAGUUUUGAGCAUUGCAACAGAAUGUGUGAGGGGCACAUGGCUUCCUGGGCGAUGUAACGUAUUCUCUUAACACUUCUAAGGCACGAAUCUUUUUAAAAGUCAAUUAAAAAAAAAACAACCAAAAAAACCUUACCUCUUCAUGCUUGUCAAAAAGAAACCACACAACAAGGUUCCUUCCUGGCCGUGCUCUUCUGGCUGGGUAGGAGGGACACGGCUCUCAUUACUCCUAGUCAGGGAAGUCCGAGCGUUGUCUGCAGCCCAGGAGCCAAGAAGGCCUACCUCGCUACGUCCCCAGCUGCCACUGGAGCGCCAUCCGUGAUGGAAAUGUUUGUACUCUUAGCACAAGAGAGAAUUCACUGCAAAUCAGGGCCUCCAAAGAUUUUGUUCUCUUAGGUCACAAUUUGACAUGUGCUUUAAAAAGAAACAAACCAUCCGCAAAACUGGGCUUCAGGCGUUGUUGAGUCUGAGGUAACAAAGGCAGGCAGUGAACAAAGGGGCACCCUGGUGCGACAGACAGAAAUAGUAUUAUUGUCAUGAGAACAGGGGUGAGGGCAACCCAGCCUUCGUGGACUUAAACCGUUAACUGCACCACAGUUACUGUUAAAGGUCAGGAUUUUGACAUACUAGUUUUAUCAUCAUCUUUUCAGGCAAAACAAAUUAAGUUUAAUGUUAACAGCUGUUUUUUUUUUUUCCUUUUUCUGGCCUGAGGGUUGGGAGGGGGGUUGUCAACUGCACAAUCUUUGACAUGUAAGUUAAUUUUUUAUGUGAUAUUUCAGUAUAUAUUUUAUUCAUUAAAUUUAUUUGAAAA